CAGAGUGUGUGUGAGAGACAGAGAGAAGGAAAGAGAGAGAGAGAGGGAGGGAGAGAGAAAGAGAGACAGAGAGAAGGAAAGAGAGGGAGAGAGUUGGAGAGAGCGAGGGGGAUAGAGAAAGAGAGAGAGAGAGAGAGAGAGAGAGAGAGAGAGAGCAAACUGGGUGGGAAGAAAAGUAUCCGAAUGAUGCGUUUGAAUGAGUUACACUUUUAGUGAUUAGUAAACAUUAGUAACCUGUAGUCUGUUUUUAGAGCUUCAUGGCUUUGAUCCCAACAGAUCCGAGCUUCACUCAUCCCGGACUGAUCACUUUAAAAAACCCCAGCAUGCAAGACGCAGAGUUUAACACCGACGGCUUACCGAAAGCCUUUCUGCACAGCCUGCGCACUUUGUUCGAUAUUUUAGACGACGGGAAGCGCGGCUAUGUGCACAUCUCUGAGAUCGAGAGCCGGUGGCACGGGGCAGAGACGCAGGACCUACCGGGCGGUGUGGUGCAGAGUCUCAGGCGGAUCACACCACCGCACGGAUGUCUCACUUUCGAGCGCUUCGUGGCGGGGCUUCGAUACUCGAUUUUCAAUCCUGACCGCGCUCAAACUAAGCAACACGUCCAUCCAAACGGUUUCAAACCGCAGCCACACAAUAAAGUGCGACCUCUCGGACCGAGCAACGGGAUUAAUGUUCAUCACAGCCGCGCGAGCGCGCCACAAAACCGCACGCGGCAGCAGUACGACAACAGAAGCAAACUGUGCGCGAGCGAUUCCUCAUCGUACGUUAACCCCGGUGUUCAGCCAUGUACAAGGAGCGGCAGGAGCCUGGAGCGCGUUCCCGUGGCACCGGAGCGCGCGCCUAACCGGUCCGAUUCGGUUCGCGUGGGGAAAAAGGUGCAGCAGCCCACGCGUGUGCAGUCAGUCGAAUCAAUCCCGAUUGAAUCCUUUCCCAAGACAAUCUCAGGUCAGCAGCAAGGCGAACGUUUCGGGCUGCCUCGAUCACAGAGCGAGACGACUGCAGGGUUCGCGGCGACCAGGCGACACAGCAGGAGCCGGGACGAGCCGAGACGACACACCAUCACUAGCGGAGUCGACUAUGGAAUGCUAAAGCAGAUGAAGGAGCUGGAACAGGAGAAGGACUCACUGCUGUCUGGACUGGAUCUGGUGGAGAGAGCGAGGGAGUGGUACACAAGUCAAAUCCAUAAUGUGAAGGAGAGACAGAGGCUCGUUGGGCAGACUGGUCACUUCACUGAUUUUCUGACUGAAUCCAAUCAAUGUCGCCUGAAUGUCCUCCUGCCCAAACUACAGGAAGUGAAUCGCUGCCUUAAUGAGCUCAUGUCCUGCUCUGGAAUGUCAUUCCCUUCUCCGAGUGCACAGACUUCUGUCCUCUCCCCCAGCGUCCCACCUAUUCCUGCUCCUCCUCAGGCCAUCCAGCGACUCAAGGACCAGAAUCACCUUCUCACACAGGAGGUGACGGAGAAGAGCGAACGCAUUACCCAGUUGGAGCAGGAGAAGUCGGCACUUAUCAAACAACUGUUCGAAGCCCGAGCUCGUAACGCUCAUGACAACAGUGUCCUUGACUCAACCUUCAUAUGAAUAAACAGAUCAGACCACAACCACAACCAAAUCCCACUUUUGCUCAGCCAAAGGACUGCAAACACUCCUUCACUACACCUGACGUGGAUUUGACUGACUGCUGCUUCCAUGGUGUACCGAUGAGGUUUCAUUUGACUGCAUGCAAACACGCAAAGGUUAAAAGUCACACAUUUCUUCACAAGCAAAAUUGACUCUAUGUUUAUGUACCACUUUUGAGUGAAUGUUACUACGUUUCCUGCACUGACAGGCAUUGACAAAUCAGUGGCUUUUAGUAUGAGCUUGCUUUAUAGUUUAACCUUCAAGUUUUUUUUUUUUAAAUUUUUUUCUGCUCUUUCUUCUUUUUUUUAUUAAAUCGACCUGAAUGCUUUGGCUUAGAUUUUGACCUUUACACUCCAGAACUAUCCAUAUAAUCAGUCAGACAAAGAAACACAUUAUGGACUUGUCAUACUGGGCCUCAUUUAUCAAACUGGCUACAAACCAAACGAUUCGUAAAACGUUCACACGAGCAUUUACACACAGGGUGGCCACGGGUCUAUAAAAUGUUUUAAAAUGUAUCAACGUUUUUCUUACAAUAAAAGGCCUUAAAAGUA